AUGGCAUUGAUUAACUCAGCUGCCGAGAACAACAUCACCUUUGUGCGACCUGCAUAUUUUAUAAUAAGUGGUUUUAUUGGCAUACCUAAUAUUAGAUAUUAUUUUGUCUUUCUGUGUUUUAUUUACAUUCUUGCAGUGGUGGGAAACACAUUGGUGAUAAUUGUAAUAACACUGGAUCACAUGUUGAGAAGUCCUAAAUAUAUUGCUGUUUUUAACCUUGCAUUUACAGACCUGUUAAGUAGCUGUGCUUUGGUUCCAAAGGUUCUUGACAUUUUUCUGUUUAACCAUUAUCAUAUUUCCUACAAUGACUGCUUGACUUUCAUGUUUUUCUGCUUUACUUCAAUUUUUAUGCAAGCUUUUAAUCUGGUUGUAUUGUCCUUUGACAGAGUCAUGGCUAUCAUGUACCCUCUGCACUAUCAAAUGAGAGUGACCCACAAGCUCAUUUUGUCUUUGAUUGCUUUUUUCUGGCUUCUUGCCAUAACUCUUAUACUCAUUGCAGUUGGCCUUCUCACCAGACUUUCCUUCUGUCAGUCUGUGAUUAUUCAGAGCUACUAUUGUGAUCAUGGUCCUAUGUAUCGUCUUGGCUGCAAUGAUGUUACCCCUAAUUAUAUAUUUGCUGUUUUGACAAUAGUUCUUGUUCUUGGGGUUCCACUGGCAUUUAUCGUGGGAAGCUACUGCUGUAUUGGUUAUUCUUUGUCAAAAAUUUCUACAUUUAGGGAAAGAGUGAAAGCUUUUAAAACCUGCACAGGUCACCUUUCAUUAGUGGCAAUUUAUUUCCUUCCUGUUAUAUUUGUGUAUGCUUUUGGGCGUGUAAUACAUCCAAAUGCAAGGAUCAUAAACCUUUCUAUUGCCACUGUAUUGCCUCCCAUGUUAAACCCAAUAAUCUAUGUUCUUCAGACACAGGAGAUCAAAGAAUCAUUGAGAAGAUUGUUGAAAGCUAGAGUGCAGGCUAAAUUGGAAGUGUUUAGAUUUAAACCUUUGUAG